GUGACAGGCCUGCGAUAUUGAAAAACAUGAUGUUGCAUUGAAUGACUUCUUGGUCAUCGGAAUUAUAUAAGUGAAGCGCCAGAAAAACAAAACAAAUGCUGAAGAUUUUAUUACAGCUCCUAAAACCAAAACCAACGAGUCUUGAGAGAGCCAAAGCUAGCAUUGCUAAGCUAUCAAGUAAACACGCUGCAGUUCGUCACCCAGAAGUAAACUACGGACUACGUGGGAUGAUUAUCUGACUGUAGGAGUCAAGGAACAGAGAUGAAGAAGUGGAAAUGGCCAAAGGACCGUCGUUACGGGUGGUACAGAGGAAACCGACAGAGAUCAUUCAGCGACGAACAGUGGCAUGGGUAUAAUGAUGCUGGACCAUCUCACAGAGCACCUCAGAGGGGUAACCGACCUGCCCACGUUUCAUCACCUCCAGCCUCUUCUUCCUCCUCUAAUUCCAACAGUGGAGUACAAGAGCUGCCCGGUUUCUACUUUGACCCUGAGAAGAACCGCUACUUCCGCCUGCUUCCUGGACACAACAACUGCAACCCACUGACCAAAGAUCAGCUGCAAGAAAAGGAAAGAGAGAAACAGAGACACCAGAGACUGGCAGAAGAUGAAAAAACAACAAAAAAAGCCCCAAGAACCGGACUCAAUACCUCCUUGUUGCUGCAGAAAAGGCAUCUUGGACUGUUACCUGAGAACUCAUAUUGCAGGCUCGUCCAUGAGGUGAAAGUCAGCGGAAUGAGACGCCACAAACUGGAGAUUCAGAGCACAGACAACAGCAACCCGAACACCGACAACUUCAGGAUCAUCGUGGGGGACUCUGUGUGUGAACGAGUGUUCACUGUCAACGACGUCUCUCACGGCGGCUGCAAAUACGGCAUCAUGAACUUCAGCAGCGGCAGCCGGGGCUCUCUGUCCGUGGAAAUGUGCGAUAACCUCUACUUCACCAAUCGCAAGGUGAAUUCUAUCUGCUGGGCCUCAGUUAACUAUCCUGACUCUCAUGUUCUGCUGUGUCUGGUGGGAGCGGCUGACACCCCGGGCUGUGUUAGUUUACUCCCCGCUUCGCUCUUCAGCAACUCUAAUCCAGAUCAGCCGGGGAUGUUGUGUAGCUUUAAGAUAUCCACAGCUUGGUCCUGCGCUUGGUGCCUGAACCCACAGUUUGAUAAGAGCUUCAGCACUGGCCUGUCUCGUCGUGUCAUUGUCAAGGAUGCAGAGACGGGAAGAACACAGACGUACGGCGUCGGCACUGACGUCUUGGCACAGCAUUUUGCUCUCAGGGUUCCCGUCCUGUUUAACGGUUGCAGAUCAGGGGAGAUUUUCAGCAUAGACCUCCGGCAACGCGGCCGCAGGGAUCACAGCUGGAAGGCCAAACGCUUCCACCAUGAAUCGGCCAUCACCUCCGUACGAGUCCUGCAGGACGAGAACUACCUGCUUGCUGCAGACAUGUUGGGUCAGAUCAAGAUGUGGGAUGUGCGGGUUACGAAACCAGUGCUGGAGUACAAAGGGCAUAAUAAUGAGCACGCCUACCUCCCCAUUCAUGUCAACGAACACGAAGGCCUUUUGUUAGCAGUGGGCCAAGACUGCUAUACAAGGUUGUGGAGCCUAAAGGAUGGUCACCUGUUGAGGACCAUCCCAUCCCCGCAUCCAGCUGCGAACGACAUGAUUCCAAGUGUCGUCUUCUCCUCUAAUUUGGGCGGCAGCAGGGGGCUCCCCGGACUGCUCAUGGCGGUCAGACAUGAUCUGUACUACUUCCCAUACAACACCGACUACCAGGAGGGAGGAGAGCUGUGUCUUUAAAUCAAACACCAUGAAAAUUGUUCCUUUAAAAACAAAAAAGACUUGAUGCUGCAGUAAUAUUGUCCAGGAGACUGAAUGUAGUUCAGGGUUUGGCAGAAACUUGAAUACAACCACAGACGUCCUGUUUGUUGACCAGAGCUUGGUUUGGGUGAUGCACUUCUCAGAUUUACAUUUACAUGUCCGAGGUACACUCAGAGCUGGUGAGGUCCACUUUUGACUGGAUCGACCACACACAGGUCAGGAGUAAACAGAACUACAAAAACUUAACCAUUGUUUACUUUUCUAAUAGCUUUUCUUUGUAAAAGGGAUUUCCGUUGAACUUUUUCACAUUUUGUAGUACAACCACAAACUUCCUUCAGAUUUAUUGGAAUUUUACGUGACUGUAGUGUAUGAUUGUUAAGUGGAAUGAGAAGGAUACCUGGUCUUUUAAAAUGUAUUCGUUGUCUGAAUCUGUGUGGCAUGGAUUUGUUUUCAGCUUUUGCUGCAAUUACAGUUGUAAAUGUUUGGCAAAAUAGCUCAUGUUCAUUCAAAUUGGAUGGAGGGCAUUGGAAAUAUACAUUUUCGAGCUUUGCCACAAAUUCUCAAUUUUGCUUUGGCCUACUUUGACUAGGCCAUAGGAUCACACUUUAAUCUAAACCUUUCAAUUGUAGCUCUGACUGUAUUUUUAAGGUCGUCAUCCUGCGGUAAAGUCAGACCUCCACCCCAGUCUCAGGUCUUUUGUUAUCUCGAACAGGUUUUGUGCAGAGUGCAUUUUCCCCCACACGUGUUUUCAGUUUUAGUCUCAUCUCACCAGAGCUACUUCUUCCAUGUUCUUACAGGGCUUAUGAUAAACUGCAGACUGGUUUUCUUCAGUGCUAUCAAGAGUGAAAAGGGCUGGAUACGGUGCAUGCCACACUUUUCAGAUUUUAUUUUCUAUUUAUCACCUUCCUCUCACAAUUAUGGUCUACCUGGUGCUGGCCUGUCACAUGAAGCCCAAAUAAAUACAUGGAGGUUUGUGGUGGAAAGGUGAGAAAAUCUGGAAAACUUGAAAAAAAAAUGUCAUACAUAAUUUCAUAUGUAAAAACAAAUUUAAAAAAAUUGCAUUGUUCGUGAUGGGAUUCACUGCAAAAUUAAUGUUAGAAUAAGCAGAAAAAUUUGUUUCAUUGAUUAUAUCGUGCAAAAUAAGUGAUCAGCUUAAGUAUACUUGACAGGUUACUGCUCCAUUUAUCCACUUCAAUUCUAGUGUCAAUGUUAUUUACAAUAACUUGUUUUCUAAGGAAAAAACAAAGCAGACUGUUCCUGCCUCCUCUGAAGUACCUUUCCUCAAACUACAAGCCUGGACAAGAAGGAAGAUCUCAGUGGCAUUUAAAUCUCAGGGGAACGUUGUUUUUGAAAAUGUGGUUGUGCCAAAAUAAAGAAGUGCUGCAUCUUUUAGCAAGUGCAGUUACUAAAUAUC